UAGAUGGAUUUCUGUAUUCUUUAGACUCACAUUUUAGGGCUACUCGACAACGUGAAAAGUGUAGAAUUCGGACUUGACAAGUAUUUCACAAUGACUGAUCCAAAUGGACAGAAGAAAAGGUCAAGAUUGUUUAUUCCUCUGAUUAGAAGCUGACCAAUAUAAGAAAAGGAGCUCGCAAAAGUAGUUAUGGAAAGUUUAUUGCAAGAUAUUAUAAAGAUGAAGGCGAAGCCAAGACUUUGAUCCAUCUGGAAGUUGAAGAGAACCAGAAAGUUUUUGAAUCUGAAAAUAAUACCGUUAGCACUAAGACAUAUUACAAGUUUACUCCUGAUUCCAUUAAAGAAAUCAGCUGAGAUUACAGAAGCAAAGGCUUUUUCGAUGUUCAUUUAAGACUCAAAAAACUUCCAGAAAGAUUUAGUUGGUACUUAAAGAAAAGAGAAAGACAAAUCAUUAGAAUUAAUAUAUCUAAAAUUCUCAGUGAGACUUGGACAGAAAGCGUUCUGAUGAGUAGCAUUCAUGCUAAUCUUUGUGUUAGGAUCAGAGGUUACCCACCUAAAAGGAUAAAUCCAAGGUUCAAAAAAUUCUUGCUCAAAGGGAACAAAAUCAGUGAUAAAAGAACCAAGUUUCUUCUUUGUGAGCUUCUUCAAAAAGAAUUUAAAAGAAGAUAUAACAAAAAAGGACCAGGUUUCCAAAGAAAUAGAUACGAUAUUGAAGAAGAAAUGAUGGAAGACCUCCACAAAAAUAUUGCUAUCCUUGAAAGAAGACUCUCAAAGCUCCCUUUUGUAGUUAGUUACUCAUUUAUGUGCUUGUUUAGCACAAAGAGGAUUCAUUUCCUUAACUUUUCUCUUCAGCAUUACAAAGAUACAAUAAAAUGGUUAAAAGAUACCUGAGAUUCUUCUCCAUGAGAAUGGGUUUACAGAGCACUAGAGUACUCAAUGAAGAAGAUUACUUCUGCAGCUCGUGCAAGGCAAAAUAAUAAGAAGAACCUUCUCGAGAUGAUCCAGCAGAACUUCGAGCGAGCUCAUACAGAGAGGGGGUCAAACAUUAUUGAUCUCAUUGUUGAUCCUUCUAAGUUAGUGAAGAUUCGGAUAGUUUCUAUUACACCCUCAAGAAUUGAGCUUGAUUUCGGGACUCUUUCAAUACCGAAUAGAGCUAUCCGAGACCACUUUUCAAACAUUGAUAAUUUCAUCCGUGUGAGAUUCCUAAACGAAAACGGUCAGCGAGGCGUCUAUUGGGGUGGUUCACAGAAUGAUUGGAUAUUAUUCCAUAUAGAAAAUAUCAUGCUUGAUGGAUUUUGAAUUGGAAGUAAAAGAUUUAAGUUUCUACAUUUCUCCAACUCUCAAGUGAAGAGUCACUCAUGUUGGUUCAUGAAUGAAGUUCCUGGCGAACUUAGCUAUGAUACCUUUAUCAAAUCCCUCGGAGAUUUCAGUGGGGAGAAGUCCAUCUUCAAAGGAAUUGCAAGAAGAGGUCAAGCCUUCAGCAGCAGUGUUGCAACACAAAAUCUUGAUAUAAAUCAAGAAAUAAUUGAAGAUUCAGACAUUGAGAGAAAUGGAUACACCUUCUCUUAUGGAUGUGGAGAAAUAGACAAAGAGUUCUUCGAAGAGAAAGUUCUCAAACAAUACUUCAAACACUCAAUGUGCUCAGCAAUCCAAAUCAGGAUGGGAGGUUAUAAAGGAGUUCUGCUAGCAACAAAUAACCUUUCUGAUGGAGUCAAAAUAAAAACAAGGAAGAGUAUGAACAAAUUUGAUCUCCCUGAAGGCUAUGACGUAGCAAAUCUAGAAGUUAUUAGACUGGCUACUUAUAUGAGCGGGUAUCUGAAUAAACAGAUCAUACUAGUGAUGUGGUCUAAUGGUAUUGAUGAAGAGGUGUUCAUCAAAAUUCAGAAAAGUUACAUUUCAACUUUACUUUCAUACUAUAAUUUAGAGAACUUAGAUAAAGAUAGUAAAUAUCCGGUAGAGCUAUACCAAUCUUUCUGCAUUAUCGAAAGAAAGUUAAGUGAGAUGUACAUUAACGGAGAGGAUUUCUAUCAGGAUCCCUUUAUAGAACCCAUCAUCAAAAGAAUAUGCUUGAACAGGCUUAGAGAUGUGAGGAAGAAGUUCAGGAUUUUAGAUAAAUUUAGCUGCAAUCUUAUAGGAGUUAUUGAUCCUUAUGACUGCCUUGAAGAAGGAGAAGUCUUUUUUCAGUUUAAUGAGAGAACAAAAUAUCGAAAUGAAUAUGAAGCUACGAAUACUAAGCUAGUAAAUGGGAAAGUCUUGGUGACAAGAUCUCCGUGAGUUCACCCGGGUGAUCUCAGAAUUUUGACUGCUGUUGAUGAGCCUAAGCUUUAUGACAUGGUCAAUGUUAUUGUGUUUUCAGCCAAAGGAGAAAGGCCAGACCAGCAUAAAAUGGGUUCUGGAGAUCUCGAUGGAGAUAUCUAUUGGAUAAACUGGAGAUUAGAGUUUGUAUACAACUUUCUUGAAAAAAAGCCAUACAUUGAUGAUCCUGAAUUAUUAGAUCAAAUUCUUGAACCAAAGUCGAUGAUCGUUCAGCCAUCUAGAACUAAUACAUCGAUUAGUCGAGAAAAGUGCAUUAAUGCAUUUCUUGACUAUCUUCGAAAAGAUAUACUAGGCCAGAUAGCAUCUUUACAUCUCAGAGUAGGUGACCUUGAAAGAGAUAAUCUUGAGAAGCAAGAUUGUAAAAUCUUAGCCAAAAUGCAUUGAAUAGCUGUAGACAGUGCUAAAAAUGAUUACCAAAUUUCUAUUGCAGAAUUUAUGAAACUAAAAUUGGAAUAUGAUUUUGUAUCUGAUUUCAUGUUCACAGAUCGUGAGCCACCUCAUGACAAAGUAGUAAUCCCUUCCCCAGGUAUCUUAGGCAUCCUCCAUCGCGAAAUCAAAAUCGAUGUCAACAACGAAGAGCUUCAUGAACUAGAAUAUAAGACAAAGAUACUGAAGGAAUACCCAUUAAGUCAGAAAUUUUUUGAGGAUGAUGAUAUUUGCAAGCAUUUGGCAUUUUUGUAUCUGAGAGUUGUAGUGCCUUAUAAUUCUUUUGUCAAAAAUUUGUUGCUUGAGAAUAACAUUGUCUCUGAAGGUGAUUUAUUUAAUUCUACCUGUGAAUUCUCAAACUUAGCCUCAUCAAGAGAUGAUUCUGUCCAAAUUCAUCAGAGUCUUUCAAUAUUAUUUGAGAAAGUAAAAGAAGAGUACAAGCAAAUCAUCAAGAACUACCAACUCAAGAAUUUUAUUACCAUCGGUGCUGGAGAGGUAAAACAACAAGAUAUUGCAUUUUUCGAAAUACACCCCAAACUGAGCUUUGCUCUAAAAUUCCUCGCCUAUUUCAAUCACUCUCACUACUUCCAAGCAAAAACAGCCUUCAACAACCCAGAUUUCGACUACUUCUGGCUCCUCUACUGCCAAGAAACUGUCGAACCAGUCACCCCAAUCUCCUAUAAAGACUACAAAAAAAUAGCCAAAUCCACUUACAACGAAGAAGACGAGCUCUCAUUAGUUCUUUCUCAAUCCCAAAUAUUCUCAUCAUGGUGGCUUCUCACCUCAUAAUCAAUUUCAAAAUUUCA